AUGGGGAGGGAUAGGUCUCUUGCAAUAUUUCAACCUGGUGGAAGGCUGCCUAACUAUGAUCCGAGCUUACCAAAAACAGAACAACUUCACCUACGAUUGGAUUGUCCGACCCGCGUUGACGGUUACUGGAACGCCCCCCUCCACCCCAAGUACUUCGUGCCCGGUCAGUACCUGGUCCCACCAGGCUCCAGCUACGGCGGACUCAACGACCGCUUUGGAGUUGGCGACCUCAACACCUCCACUGUCGCCCUCUCGCGCCUCUCCCUCCUUCCCCAGCUCGACGCAGCCGGAUUCCACCAACUAAACUCCGAAACCGCCUUCAAGGCCCAACUCACCAUCCAAGGGGUACCUUACGUCACUAAACGACUCCCCUUUUGUAUUGUAACAGACCGCAAGUACGAGUUCCCGCCACACCGCUUUGGAGUGCCGGUGGCGUCCUUGUCAAGCCCAGGGCCAUUGAGCGGGGCCAAGUGCAGGCCUUGCACGCCCGUAUGCCAAGGCCCGUGCGUGGCCGACGUGAUGCAGUCUCUCUACAAAGGGUGGAGCUGGACCCACUGGGCAAACGGCACCCUUGAGCUCUGCGAUGCCCAUGACGCUUGGGAAAAGGAUUGGGAGAUCAAAUUUGACCGAGUUGCUGGGAAGAAACUGGCUGCCGAGAGAAAGCGAGUUGCAGGCAUGACGACAGAGCAAUGCAUUCAUGAUUUCAACCAAAUGAAGAAGCGAACUGCCAACUGGGACGCACCCCCGGCAGAACAGAUUUGUAGCCACUGA